AUGGCAAUUGGUUUAAGAAAGGCUGAAUACACCACCCUGCAAACCAGUUUGGCAGGGUUUCACCCUGGAAUCACAGCAUGGUCAGGCACCGGUGUCCUGCGGGAGCCCGUGUCCCUGGGGCAGUGUCAGCACGUCUUCUGCCUAUCUUGUGUGGGCGACUGCGUUGGCACAAAGUGCCCGGUUUGCCACAUGCCAGCCUGGGUGCAAGAUGCACAUAUAAACCGGCAACUCGAUCACAUCAUCCAGCUUUGCAGACAACUGCGGCACCUCCUGGGUAUGGACACCUCAGACUCAACGGAAGGUAUGUCAACACCAACAGAGUCAGACUUUGGAAAAAAGUGUAAGAAGGAACAGAUAAAAAUGUGGUUCAGCCCAAGAAGCAGGAAGAUUAGAUGCACCCUAAACAAGAGUCAGCCUGAGUCUAAAAGCAAUGACCUUUGUCAAGACACAUCUUCAGUUUAUGAUUUCCUUCCUUCACCUCCUCAUGAAAAACCCUCUAAGCCGACAAGAAAACCAACACAGAGACAGAGUAAGAAGAUGAAGAGGAAAUGUCUAGCAGACAUUAACAAAGUGUGGAGCUUUGAGAAGCCUGAGCAGAAAGGAGUUGAGGAGAAAACUCCCAAGGAAAAGUGUGUGACCAUCUGCAGUCAACCAUUAGUCUUGUGUACUCCAGAACCAAACAGCCCUGAAGAGACACUUCAUUUUUUUUCUGUAAAGACAGCAGAUGACAGAAAAAAUCUGGAAAGUGUGGAAGUGUUGCCACAGGUAAAAGUAUCAGAGAAGAAAGAUAACAGUGCGGUUGUAUGCCCUGCACAAGUCAGCAAAGAAAAAAAAUGUGCUACAGAGACAUCGCUGCCAAUAGAGAAUGAAACUACACCUUUGAAACGUGGAAGGGAGCAACCCAGACUUCCAGUUACUUCCCAGUCUAAAAGACCAAGAACAGAGAGGAGCAGUACGGAGAAGUCAGUCAGACAGGUAGACUGCUCAGAGGAUUUACCUCAGGGUUACCCGAUCUCCCCAACAACUGACAAGACACCAGUUCAGGUUUCUUCCUCUGGAUCAAAAGUCACUGACACUGGAGUGAAGACAAGAAGCUCCACAGUCUUUCAAGCAAUAAAUAGUCGGUCACUUUCAAAAUGUCCCUCCACCCCCUCUAAGUUGAAGACCUGUAAUCAAGUAGGAAUACCACAUAGUCCUUCUGUGUUGAAGUCCCCUGGUGGUAACACAAUUGCCAGAAGAAAUUACAAAGGAGAGACUUUGCUCCACCUUGCUUCUAUUAAGGGUGACUUAGCAACUGUUGAACAGCUGCUGAAAAACGGGGCAGAUCCCAAUGUCAAAGAUAAUGCUGGCUGGACACCACUGCAUGAAGCAUGCAACCAUGGGCACAAAGAAGUGGUGGAGCUGUUGCUGCAAUUCAAGGCACUGGUGAAUACCACAGGCUAUCAGAAUGACUCGCCACUCCAUGAUGCUGCCAAGAACGGGCACGUGAGCAUUGCUGAGCUGCUGCUUUUGCAUGGUGCCUCCUGUGAUGCAGUGAAUAUAUUUGGUCUGCGGCCUGUGGACUAUGCAGAAGGUGAAAAGAUGAAAUCUGUGCUAAUGUUACCAGUGAAGAAUCAAUCACUUUCACUUAACCAAUCCUCUGAGGUUCUGAGCUCCAGCCAGCCAAGAGAUGGACCUCUUGGUAUACUGGGGAGCAGUCUUAGUUCCAAACAACAGAAAUUGCUGGACCAACUAGCAACAGUUCUGAAGGCUCGAAGGUAUACUGAGUUUAACAGCAGAGUAACUCAUCUUGUUAUCCCUGAUGUUCCAAUGCCAAGUACUGUCAAAUGCAUGAUGGCUGUUCUGACUGGAUGUUGGGUCCUCAAGUUUGAAUGGGUACAAGCCUGUCUGCAAACCACAGUACGAGAGCCAGAAGAGAAGUAUGAAAUCCAAGGUGGCCCACAAAGGGGUCGGCUCAACAGAGAACAGCUGCUGCCUCACUUGUUUGAUGGAUGCUACUUCUAUUUUUUGGGAUCUUUCAAGCAUCACCAGAAGAGUGAUCUUAUGGAGUUGGUCAAAGCAGCAGGAGGACAAAUUCUGGUUAGAAAGCCCAAACCAGACAGUGACGUGACACAGACCAUCAAUACAGUGGCUUACCAUGCAGCCCCUACUUCUGACCAGAGAUUUUGCACUCAGUAUGUAAUCUAUGAUGUGUCUUCUCAAUUCAAGCCGGAGAAAAUUAAUCAGGGCAAAGUCUGGAUGGCCCCUUCCAGCUGGCUUAUAGACUGUGUGAUGUCAUUUCAGCUCCUGCCUGUAAAAUGA